AAUAUUAUUUUGUUUGUGAUCAGCUGUUGUUGAUAAGAAGCUGUGCAUCAAUCCGGGCCGGCAAUCAGUUCUUGUUUUUGGUGCAACUCGUACACAUUCUCAGUGAUCCUUCCGUACGAUAUUAAUGAUAAGACGAACGAUGACGGAAGUAGAUGUGAAGUUGGGCAUUCGACAAACGCUGGCCAAAAUCGAUGAGGCCUACUCUAAACGGUUGAAAACUAGCAACGCCCCAAAGCCUCUGCUCGUGGCAGUGAGCAAAACGAAACCCGUCGAUCUGAUUGUGGAUGGAUACUCUAUUGGACAACGGGAUUUUGGUGAAAACUACAUACAGGAGCUAAUUGAGAAGGCAAACAAUCCAACGAUCCUCGAGCAUUGUAAGGAUAUCCGGUGGCAUUUUAUCGGUCGCCUGCAGACCAAUAAGAUCAACAAGGUUGUCACGCUGCCCAAUUUGCACAUGGUUCAAACUGUUCACAACACCAAACUGGCAGAUGCUCUGAACAAGGCCUGGGAGAAAGUGAAGGCUGCCAACCCCGACAAACAGACACUAAAUGUUCUAAUUCAAAUCAACACCAGCGGAGAAGAUGAGAAAAGUGGCACCGAACCUGCGGAGGCCGUGAACCUGUACCGCUAUCUGUCGGAAAAGUGUCCCAACUUGAACUGCCAGGGUGUGAUGACGAUUGGACGGUUCGGACAUGACUACUCUACCGGUCCCAAUCCGGACUUUAUCGAGCUGAUGAGCUGCCACCAGCGAAUCUGCAGCACCUUCGGAAAAGAUCCCGCCGAGCUGCUUGUGUCCAUGGGCAUGUCGGACGACUUUGUUCAGGCGAUCGAGAUGGGCAGCACAAUCGUCCGCGUAGGCAGUUCUAUUUUUGGAGCGAGAGCGAAGAAAAACGAAGCAUAGGAAUUCUGCUCCCCCUGCACCAUCGCUACCUGCUUCGCGGAAUCAUCGUGCGGUACGAGUUGAAAGUUGUUUUGUUAUUUUUGAAUAUCGAAUCAAAAAAAUAUAAAAGGUAUCGAACGCAAUGCGUUGCAUACAUCGAAAACA